AAUCUUUCAAAUCCUGUUCUUAUUAACGCUGUCAAGGCAUUUUCUCCUUUAAAGCUUCGUCUUGGAGGUUCUUUGGAUGAUAAAGUUCUAUAUGAAACUGGAGAUUUUGGUCUUCCUUGCUUACCAUUUGUGAAGAAUGAUUCUGCAUUGUUUGGGUAUAAUGAUGGCUGCUUGCCAAUCUCAAGAUGGGACCAGCUUAAUAAAUUCUUUGAAGAAGCUAGGGUUUCAGUUGUCUUUGGGCUGAAUGCUCUUAAUGGAAGAGUUCCAAUGCCAGAUGGUUCAGUAGGAGGUCCAUGGAACCACACAAAUGCUGAAUCUCUAAUUCGUUUUACAGCUAAUAAGGGCUACAACAUCUUAGGCUGGGAACUUGGGAAUGAGCUAAGUGGCAAGGGAAUUAGAGCUCGAAUCGAUGUAGCUCAAUAUGCAAAAGAUACGAAAUCUCUGAAGAAAAUUGUGGAUCAGAUCUAUGAGGGUCGGUCAGGGAAGCCAUUAAUAAUUGCUCCAGGUGGUAAUUUUGAAGUAGAAUGGUAUAGCCAGUUCAUUGACCUGACAAAAAGGUCUUCCUCACUGGACGUAAUCACCCACCACAUGUAUAUUCUUGGUCCAGGUGUGGAUGAGCAUUUGGUGGAGAAGAUCCUGAACCAUAGUCGUCUUGAUCUCGCGGCAUCGGUCUUCGCGAACCUCAGUGUCAUAUUAAGGAAUGCUGGCUCUUCUCCGACCGCAUGGGUCGGAGAAGCUGGAGGAGCAUACAACAGUGGUCGUAAUCUUGUCACUAACUCUUUUGUUUCAAGCUUCUGGUACCUGGAUCAACUUGGGAUGUCAGCAAACUAUGACACAAAGUCCUAUUGCAGGCAGAGCUUGAUAGGUGGAAACUAUGGACUACUAAACACCACCACCUUCGAACCAAAUCCAGAUUACUAUAGCGCUCUUUUGUGGCAUCGCUUGAUGGGUCCGAAAGUGCUAGCCACAGAUUUCAUUGGAACAAAGAAGAUAAGGGCCUAUACGCAUUGUGCAAGAGAUUCUAAUGGUAUAACACUUCUCUUACUCAACCUGGACCUCAUAGAAACAGCAUAUGUGCAAGUUAGUAUCAAAAGUGCUGAAUUCACUAAGGAAACAAGGGAAGAGUAUCAUCUGACUGCAAAAGAUGGGGACUUGCACAGCCAAACCGUCCUACUAAAUGGCAAAGCUUUGAAUGUGGAUUCCUAUGGACAGAUACCUGCUUUAGAACCAUUAGAAGUUGAUGGCUCGCAGCCGAUUAAAGUUGAUCCUGUUUCUGUUGUUUUUGCUCACUUACCCUACGUUCAUGCACCAGCUUGUAUUUAA